GAGAGAGAUGGGGGAGAGAGAGUGUGCGCGAGUCUUCCUGCUCGUCUGCUUCACGAACCUCAUUUAAACAGUGGUGCUGGUGGUGAUGCUGCUGCUUUCUGUACUGCGGGCUGCACGCUUAAUGUUGUAAUCAUCACCACUCAACACCCUGGUUGCGGUCAUAGACGGUAGUUACAAUCAUCAUCAUAGCCUGUAGUUGUAAUCAUUCAUAAUAGUCUGUAGUCACAAUCAUCAGACAGUAGUUACAAUCAUCAUCAUAGACUGUCGUUACAAUCGUCAUAAUGGACUAUCGUUACAAUCAUUAUAGACUAGUUACAACAGCAUGAUAUCCAUAUUUACCUGCCACGAACGUCAAUUAUCACCCUGAGUCACCAUCAUCGCUAUCAUCAUCAUCAUCACGAGUCACUAUCAUUAUCAUCAUUAUCUCCACGACAGUCAUCACCAUUCUAAUCAGCGCGCGAUUUCAACCUCAGAUUCCGUUGGAGUGGAGCGGGCUCAGCGAUCCUGAAAACCUGGCGCCUAAGCCCCAGUUGGAUCGGAUCACUCUACCGGGAUCGUGGGAACUGGAUUUGUGGCACUUCAAAUUCGGGAUCAACGGUUCUAGGAUGUUGUGAAUAGGCUCUCUCAAACGGAACAGAACAACACGCGGACCGGAUCGGAGCCCUUCAAGGCGGGACCAUCCAAUCCAGUCAACUCGAUCCACCCCGCAUCUUCGGUUUCUUUUCAGACCUCUUUCUCUCUCUCGCUCUCGCUCUAAACCGGGUUCAGAACUUCCAAAAGCAUAUUCGAUUAGAGAAACAUCGUCUCCAAUCAAGCCGAAGCCGAUCAAUAAAAAAAUACUGAUCCUGAAUAGAAAAGAGAAAACCCCCCACCGUCAUCAAUCAUCACCGUGCUGGACCGCGCAGACAAUCCUCGGGAUCAAUCGACUCUGCAACCGGUUAGGGGAAAUAUUAAAUCUGGGUGACAAUAAACCGGAUCAGAAUAUACUCAACCCGUGCCAAAUAAAGCCGGAUCUAUUUUUUUCGUGUGGAGGGUUUAUUUUUAUCGGCGUACUCUGCGGGAUUAUCCAAAACCGGAUUGUUCAAAAUCGGAUCGUUUAAACCGGACUGCCCAAGCCGGAUCGUCCAAGACGAAUAGUUCGAAACGUCAUCGAGGAAGAUAGCGGGGAAACAAAAGAAAACCUGGAUUAAAGCCAUCAAAUGUCGUAUUAAUACAUCCUGAACAGGUUUGAUCAUAGCCAUACGAGACAUCAGGAUCGGAACGUUCAAAGCCGCAUAUUUCAAACGGGAUAUCACGGCCAUCAAAACCGGUUCGGAGAAAAAAAACGGUUCUGAAGCAACAAUCAGGGGCUUACCACUGCAACGAAUUUUCAGAACUGGAAAAACCGAAAUCCUUGAAAAACCGGUUAGAAGCCAUCAAAACCGCCGAAAUAAUUUUCGAGCAGGAGUGAAGACAUCAACGCGGAAUCCUACAACAAACAACAAUAACAACAACAACAAAACAUCGGAUCAGAGCCAUAGAGUUGGACGGCGCGGAUGUACUACUCGCUGGUGUGUGGGCCCAAGUGAGUGAAUUCGCGUCUGAAGUGAGUGAAUUCGUGAAUGGGUGAGAGAGACAAAAUAUCGUGCCCGACUGAGUGACUUCGUCUCCAGAGUGAAUUCGCGUCGAGAAGUGCGUGAAUUAGCGAACGAGUGAAUGGAUUAGUGUCUGAGACUGUGAGCGGUGUGGGUGAAUUUAGUGAGUGAUUUGGUGUUUGAGUGGGUCAGUGAAUUGACGAGCUCGCUCGCAAUUGAAUUUAGUGCGGGAGUAGAUUCGUGUUUGAGUGAGUGAAUUAGUCAAAUAGUUAAUUAGUGAGUGGGUUUACUAUUGAGUGAGUGAAUUAGUGCUUGAGUAAAUUCGUGUUUGAGUGAGUGAAUUUAUUGAGGAGUGAAUUAGUGAUUGAGUAAAUUUGUGUUUAAGGGAGUUAAUUAGUGAGUGAGUUAAUUAUUGAGUGAGUGAAUUAUCGAGUGAGUAAAUUCGUGUUUGAGCGAGUGAAUUAGUGAGUCAGUUAAUUAAUGAGUGAGUGAAUUCAUGUUUGAGUGAGUGUGGGGAGUGAGUGUGUGUUAGCGGAUGAAUCGGCGGGUUUACGAGUGAGUAAAAAAAAUGGGCUUGUUGUAGGUGAAUUGGUGGCUAAGCGAGUGAAUAGAUGGCGAGUGGAUAACGUGGAAAGUGAUUACAUGCGUGAGCGCACGAGUUAAUUUACGGGCGUAAGUAUAUAAGGGAGCGUCGGGCGGGGGGAGCGGUGGCGCAGUGGUUAGGGCACUGCGUUACGAGCCUGGCGAACCGAGUUCGAUUCCCUGUGCCCACGGCUGACAUCAGUGGCGAGUGACAUCCGAAGCCGAUCCCGAGCCUCGCUCCCUCCCUCCAACUUCACCAACUGCAAGUGGAGUUCGUGAUCCCGAGUUCCAUUCUUGCUCACGGUCGACUCGGCUUUUAAUAAAAUAUCAACACUCGGGCGAGGUCUGGCGUGGUGCUAGCCACACGCCACCUCCACCUCCGUUGCUGGAGGCCAAAAAUAGGCGAUCGCUAACAACGACCCUUGCCCUCCACAAUCGUCUCGUGAAGGCGGCGCCCGGGGCAGGCGUCGUUAUCCUCUGCACGACCGCGCAAACGGAACCCGCGACUGCUUUGCGGCAGCCGUUGAGCGAAUGCGCUGACCGGAGGACCCGCCGACCAAAAACGACACAGCCAAGGGGGGCGAACAAGUUCGAAUCCCAGCCAGGGACGGGCGGACUUUGGCGCUGGAGACUUCACAACGGGGGCGCUCUGCACCACCACCACCACCAGCAUCAUCAUCAUCAGCCUGGUGACGAAUUCCUGCGGACGCCACUGUUGAGUCUCCGUGAGCCGACACCGGGGAUCGAACGUGGAUCCUGCUGCGUCUGGAGGGGGAGGGAGAGAUUCCUGUGAAAGCCAUGUGAUUGGUGGACAGGUGGGAAGGGGCGUGGCUUUGUGCAGGUGUGUGAGGGUGGGGGGAGGAGCCAUGGGGGGGUCCGCGCUGGUCACGUGGUUGGUCCUGGCGCUCGCAACCGGCCGAGGACCUGGUGCAGCCCACCUGACCGUGUCGGUGGAGCACCGCGUCACCACGGCGACAGCGGGCGAUGACGUCAGCCUGCGGUGCAACAUUCGCACUGAGGGGGCGCUGCGCCAGGUCACGUGGUACAAGGUGCUGGAUGCUGGCGCGACACGAGAGAAGAUCUUCUCGUACGAGACGUUUUGGCCUCUCAACGGCACGAAGUCAACUCCCAGGCAGAUCCUCAGCCACCAGGCCACUGUGCGGCUGGCAGACGUGAAGCUGCGAGACCACGGGCCCUACCAGUGCCACGUGAGCGUCUACGACAGGAGCCGCAUGCUGGAAGCCACGGGGCAUGUGUUCCUCAACGUCAUGGUGCCACCGUCGUCCAUCUCCCUGAUCGCGGCGGACGCCCCGGCGCCGUUCAACCGCUACGAGGCGCGCAACUUGACGCUGGUGUGCAUUGUCUCCGGGGGCAAGCCAGCGCCCACCGUUCGAUUUAAACGCGACGGGGCGAUCGUGGAGGCACAGGGGGACGCGGUGGCGGUGCCCUCCUCCCCCUCCUCCCUCCUCACCAAUCCCCGUGGCCGGCCCCGGACUAAAGAGGUGAACGACGAGGAGGAGCAGGAGGAGAUGGCGAUGGCGGACGCGGAGAAGAUGGACGACGGCGGUGGUGGUGAUGAUGGAGCUUCCUGGAUCGACCCGGACGACACCAAACCGGACCCGGCCACAUCCCGACCCGGCGAGACGCACGCCCACUCGCGGGGUCCCGGAACGAGGGGAGCCCCGGGGUCCAGACCCCAGGCGGACGGGGAUAGGGCGGCCGCGGCCGGCCUAUCCCCGCCACUGCAACCCUCCCACAAGUCCCAGGGGGUGGUGGCGGCGGCGUCGCAGGCGAAGACUCCCAAGGGGUCGCGGCCCCGCCUGGUGGUGUCUCUGCACGAGGAGCCGGUGUACUUUCUGCACCAGGGCGAGGUUCCUGUGAGCGACGGCACGGUGGAGGUGCGUGCGCGCCUCACCUGGCUGCUGAGCCCUACGCUGGACGACCUCGCACUCUUCAGCUGCGAGGUUCAGCACCCAGCGCUGUCCAUGGCCAUGCAGCUCGAGCGCACCCUGACCGCCCCCAAGGGCCUGCGGAUCGACAUCCUCCCACGGAGACCGCUGGUGGGACACACGGUGCGGUUCAGCGUCGACUUCCAGAGCGAGGUGUUCCCCGAGCCGCUGUACAGGUGGACGCGCGUGGGGGGCCCCCUGCCUGACGGGCGGGCCGCACAGCGAGGGGCCGCGGCUGCUGCUGGACAAGGCGGGGGCAGCGCUCAACGGCACCAUGUUCCGCUGCUCGGCCCAGAACGCCCUGGGGGCCACCGACAUCCACACACGCCUCAUCAUCUACGAGAACCCGGCCGCCGCCAGCGGACGCCAGAGGCCGCCGGCGGUGGCAACCGGAGGUACCACGAGGACCCAGAAUUCUUUGCAGCGGUGGUUGCUGAUGGCAGCCAUGACCUUGGCCCUUGGCACGUGACAUCGACCGCUGACCUCUCAACUCUACCCACCAUCCCCCUCUUUCUACCCCUUUUUGAAGAAAAAAAUUGAAUUUACAAAAUAAUUCUAAUUAUGAUAAUAAUAUAUUGCUCUAUAUAUUCAUUAGGAGAUGGGAGAUAUUUUUAUCGUGUUUUAAGGUAUGGAAAAGUAAAUGUUAAAUUAAGCAAUUUUUGAAAUGCAAGCAGGUGCACACACACCCACACAUCUCUAUACCCAGGGUACUUAUACAGAUACACACAGGGCUACUGAAAUACAAAGACGGCUACACACACAAUGACAAUGGUCCCCAGUAUAGCCUGAACAGACUGUUGGGGCAAGUGCUGUUGUUAGCAAGCCCCGAAGUAGGCCGGCAUGGUACACGAAAGGGUGGGUGUCCAGCACCACACCC